GGCAGCGGGAGAACGGGAAAUGAAAACUGCUCGGGACAAACAUUUCUCAUCAAAGCUGUCGAUGACGGUGCAACGUGUCCUUCUGUCCUGCUGAAGUGUCUUCCUGUAGCAUCAUGGAGAACCUGGAGGAGGACCUGACAUGUUCCGUGUGCUACUCCCUGUUCUCCGACCCCCGAGUGCUGCCGUGCUCCCACACCUUCUGCAGGACCUGCCUGGACAACUUGCUCCAGGCGUCCACCAACUACUCCAUCUGGCGUCCGCUCCGCCUGCCCAUAAAGUGCCCCAACUGUCGCACCGUGGUGGAGCUGCCCCCGACUGGUGUGGACACCCUGCCCACCAACGUGUCUCUGCGGGCCAUCAUCGAGAAAUUCCAGAGGGACAGCGAGCCCCGGCCCCCGUCCUGCCUGGAGCACCGCAGGCAGCCCCUGAACAUGUUCUGCGUCCAGGAUCGGCAGCUGAUCUGCGGUCUGUGUCUGACCGUCGGGCGGCACCAGGGCCACCCCAUCGACGACCUGCAGGCGGCUUUCAUCAGAGAGAAACGGACUCCGUCGCUGCUGCUCGCCAGACUCUCAGAGCAGAGAUGGGCGCAGGUGUGUGAGCUGGCGGAGCAGCUGGAGCAGGACAAAGCUCGCUGCGAGGCUCUGGUGAGGCAGGACCGACAGGAAGUCGAUCAGUUCUUUCUAUCGUUGGAGGGGGUGCUGGCCAGGAAGAAACGAGCCUACCUGGAGGCUUUAGAUAAAGCUGCUGCAGAGGUGUCGCAGGUGUACGACCCCCUCAUCCACAGAGUGAAGGAGCUUCAGGAGGAACAGUUGGACCUGGUGUCUCUGGGCUCGUCUGUGGAGGACGAAGACUCCCCACUGGUGUUUCUGGAGAAGGUGCAUUUGUUCAGAGAGCGGGUGGAGCGGUUCAUCAGCACCCCGCUGCCGUCUGCCAUCAACCUCUCCGUCAGCCCGAGAGCAGCGGUGUUCCUGCAGCAGCACUGGCCCGCCGUCACAGUCGGCGGUCUGGACCAGGCCCCGGUUCCUGAGCUGCGCUGCUGCUCCCGAUGUGGCACCGCGCAAACUCAAGUGGAGGUCGUGGGACCGGUGAGAGAGGCCCGGGGGAGGCGUGAGCUGCAGCCCGCUGCCGCCGCAGUUCUGCUGCUGGGGGGCGUGCUGCUGCUGGCGGCGCUGUGGGUAAACCUGGUCAGUGGGGCAUCGCUCGGGUUCUCUCUGUCGACCCGCUUCGGUCAGUUCAUGGACGGCCUGAGCGGCGACCUCCUCACAUCGGUGUGGAGGGCGACGGAGGCGGCCGUGGUGGGCUGGAGCUCCCAGCUGUGUUUAGUGAAAGAUCAAGUCCUUCAGCAGGCGGACGCUUUAUUCCAAACUCUGACGUCUGGCUGAACCAGAACCUCCUCAGUGUCGCUUCCCAAAACCAUCGCACUUUAAAACAAGAUACGACGAGGGGGCCCCAAGUGGCCCUGGGAAAAUCUCCAUCUGGCCCCCAAGAGUUUUAAAUGGAAACCUGCAUGUCGGUGAAACUUGAGGAGGAAAAAUAACUUUUUCAGAAAUUGUCUAAUUCUUAAGGAACACCGUGGAGACUUUUAUCAAACGUGCUACAAAACAAGUUGAUCUUUAAACUUUAUAUUUUUCAGUU